AUGCUUGUUCUUCCUCUGCAGCAUAAAUUAGACAAUUCUAAUGAGGAUAUUGAUCAUUUUGAUGCUGUUGCGAAUGAAAUUCCCAAAGCACCUUGGGAUAAAGGGAUAUGCAAAGUUUGUGGCAUUGAUGAGGAGGAUAACAAGGUUCUACUUUGCGAUCAAUGUGAUGCAGAGUAUCACACAUAUUGUUUGAAUCCGCCUCUUGCUGGUGUGCCUCGAGGAAGUUGGCACUGCCUUAAUUGUGUCGCAGCAGACGCGAAUGUUGUUCAAGAUGCUCUUUCUAGCGAAGUAUCGGUUGGUUUAAAGCCAGAGGAACAAAAGAGCGACUUAUGUCCUGUCCAAUAUAAAGCUGCUGAUGUGGUAGAUGAGAUGCGAGAAAAAGAGUACUCGGAGUUAACUUCGGAUGAGAGAAUCCUCCUUCUGAAUUUUUUUUGCAAUGAAAUGUUGGACUCGGAUCUCAUUCGGGAACAUUUGAAAAAAUGCGAACUCUAUUCAAGUCAGCACCCAAUCGAGAGUGGCACAGCAAUGCACACAACAAUCGAGAGUGCCUCGUUUAAAAAUUCACUAAGGAGUGAGUUUUUGGGCAUCGAUUAUACUGGAACACUGUACUGGAUGAUAGAUUCAGACACUGGUACUUGGGUGAUUGUCAAUGGAGUUGAUGAGCUAUAUCAAGAUAGCAAAAAUUCAAAAGUUGCCGAAAAUUCGAAGACGAGUAGAAUUGAACAACUUUGGAGCAUUGGAGGAUCGAAGGCAUAUUCUUCUUGGGCGUGCUACCAAUCAGAAGAUGAAAUUAAACGAGUUGUCAAUUUCUUGAGAGACGAUGACCGAGUCAAAGGACAACUUGAGAAGGCUUUUCUGUUAAUUAGAUCAAGAAUUAAUGAUUCGCCGGAUGAGUUUAAAAUUGAAGGCGAAGAGUCUCAACCACUUGUCCUAAAUCAAGGUCCAAAGUUUAUGACAAGGAUGACGAACAUACUGAAGGGCAAGGGCAAUUAUGCUCCAUCAGUUGAGGGAGAGACAACUGAGAUGAAGAUGAAACGGAUAAAGGGCAAAAUGGUUGUCGAGGAUACGGAUGAAGUUGACCCUAACUCUAGACAACAGUUGGUAGACAAAACGACUGAUUAUUUAGGGCAACUUAAAGUCAACCUUCUCGAUAUGGAAGCUGCUAUUCCUAAGAAGGCGUUGCGGUCGUCGAAGGCGUGCAUUUAUAGGAGGCAUGCCUGGCGUGUGUUUGUAAAGCGUUCAAACACUAUAUUCGAGGUGGUUCAGGCACUAAUCGUAUUUGAAGAUAUGAUUAAGCUGAGCUAUUUAGAUUGCUCAUGGAGGUAUUGGUCCUCACUCCCAACCGCUGCCCAAAUAUCCACCUUAUCCGCUCUUUCUUUGCGAAUAUACUCAUUAGACUCCGCUAUCAAGUAUGACAAUUCUUCUUCUCGCCCAUCAUAAUCAGUCUUGAGAGAAUCCUAGUACGGUGAAACAAGCAAGAAAAGGAAAAGAGGUUUCUUGUGAAACAAAGCUACUUGUAGCCACUCGUGCUUAUGUUUGCAUUCUGAUCUUCUGUAAUUGUUUCAUAAGUGAUUGUUGAUAUUGGAGGUUUUUGUUUUUUUGGAUGUGUGUAGAUUGUAACAAUUGCCCAAUUUAUUGAAUUAAAAUUUUAUAUAUUAAGAAUAUUUAUAUAGUGUGGAUUCUGUACAUAU